AUGGCCUCUCGAUUGGCGCGAAGCGCUGCCGGCGCAGCUCCCCUCCUCCGCCCGACGGUCGCCCGCCAGGCUCUGCCUGCUCUCUCGUCCGCCGCCGCCGCCCAGGCCCGCUACGCCAGCGGCGUCCCUACCGAGGAGCCCAAGAAGAAGGCCCAGUCCAUCAUCGACUCCCUCCCCGGCAACAGCCUCAUCUCCAAGUCGGCCAUCCUGUCCUCGCUCGCCGGCAUCAGCGCCUACGCCAUCAGCAACGAGUACUAUGUCAUGAACGAGGAGACCAUCAUCGCCUUCUGCCUCAUCUCCGUCUGGGGCGGCCUGAUCAAGUACGGCGGUCCCGGCUACAAGGCCUGGGCCGAGUCGCAGAACGAGAAAAUCAAGAACAUCCUCAAUAGCGCGCGUGCCGACCACACCGAGGCCGUCAAGACCCGCAUCGAGGACGUCAAGCAGAUGGGCGGUGUCGUCGACAUCACCAAGUCCCUCUUUGAGGUGUCCAAGGAGACCGCCAAGCUCGAGAACCAGGCCUACGAGCUGGAGCAGAAGACUGCCAUUGCCGCCGAGGCCAAGUCUGUCCUCGACUCGUGGGUCCGCUACGAGGGUCAGGUCAAGGCCCGCCAGCAGAAGGAGCUCGCUCAGUCUGUCAUUGCCAAGGUCCAGAAGGAGCUCGAGAACCCCAAGGUUCUGCAGCAGAUCCUCCAGCAGAGUGUUGCCGAUGUCGAGAAGAUCGUUUCUUCCAAGGCCCAAUAA